GUGCGCUGGCGUUCGGCUGCGCGGGAGUUUUGGAAGUCGGCGGCGGCGGCUGUGGUCCCUGAUAUGUGCAACAAUGGACCAGAAAAUUUUAUCUCUAGCAACAGAAAAAUCAGCAGACAGACUACAGGAAUUCCUUCAAACCCUGAGAGGAGAUGAUCUGGCUGAUCUCCUGCAGAAUCAGGCCUUGAAGGGAAAGGCUGCCGGAGCCCUCCUGAGAGCCAUCUUCAAAGGUUCCCCCUGCUCUGAGGAGACUGGAGCUCUUCGGAGACGCAAAAUAUACACUUGCUGCAUCCAGUUGGUGGAAUCGGGGGAUUUGCAGAAAGAAAUAGCCUCUGAGAUCAUAGGAAUACUAAUGCUGGAGGCUCACAAUUUUCCAGGACCUUUGUUGGUUGAAUUAGCCAGUGAGUUUGUUGGGGCUGUCAAGGAGGGCAACCUAAAGAAUGGAAAAUCGCUGGAGUUACUACCUGUCAUUCUCUCUGCCCUUGCUACCAAAAGGGAAACUAUAACUUACGAAAAAGGUGAACUGAAUGGAGAAGAAUGUAAGAAGCAGUUGAUUAACACCCUCUGUUCUGGCAGAUGGGACCAGCAAUAUGUAAUCCAGCUCAUCUCCAUGUUCAAGGAUGUCCCCCUGACUGCAGAAGAGGUGGAAUUUGUGAUUGAAAAAGUGUUGAAGAUGUUCUCCAUGCUUAAUCUUCAAGAAAUACCACCUUUGGUCUAUCAGCUUCUGAUCGUCUCCUCAAAGGGAAGCAGAAAGAAGGUUUUGGAAGGAAUCAUAGCUUUCUUCAAUGAGCUGGAUAUGCAGCAUAAUGAGGAACAGAGUGGUGAUGAGCUGUUGGAUCUUGUUACCAUGCCAUCAGGUGAACUGCGCCAUGUGGAAGGCACCGUUAUUCUACAUAUUGUGUUUGCCAUCAAGUUGGACUGUGAACUAGGCAGAGAACUCCUGAAACACUUGAAGGCUGAACAGCAAGGAGAUUUCAGUAAUAAUAUAUGUCCCUUCAGCAUUGCCCUCCUGCUCUCGGUAACGAGAAUACAAAGAUUUGAGGAACAGGUGUUUGACCUUUUAAAGACUUUGGUUAUAAAAAGCUUUAAGGAUCUUCAGCUUCUCCAAGGAUCAAAAUUUCUACAAAAUCUAGUCCCUCAUAGAACGUGUGUUUCAGCCAUGAUCUUGGAAGUGGUAAAGAGUAGUGUUCAUAGUUGGGAUCAUGUCACUCAGGGCCUUGUUGAACUUGGCUUCAUUUUAAUGGAUUCAUAUGGACCAAAGAAAAUUUUUGAUGGAAAACCAAUAGAACCCAAAAUGCCAAACCAGCAGGCAUGUAAGCUGGGAGCUAAUAUCCUGUUGGAGACUUUUAAGAUCCAUGAGAUGAUCAGACAAGAAAUUCUGGAGCAAGUCCUCAACAGGGUUGUUACCAGAACAUCCUCUCCCAUCUGCCAUUUUUAG